AAGCUGAACAUGGAUAUGCCUCCAUGUUGCCGUACAGUAGUAAGGGCAGAGAUGUCUUCAAACGGAGGAACAAGCCCAAGAAAAACAGCACCAGUAGCAGAUCAACUCACAAUGAGAUGGAGAAGAACAGGCGUGCUCAUCUCCGCCUGUGUCUAGAGAAGUUGAAGGGGUUGGUGCCGCUGGGCCCUGAGUCAAGCCGACACACCACACUGAGUUUGCUGAAAAAAGCCAAAUUGCUCAUAAAGAAACUUGAAGAUUGUGACAGAAAAGCUGUCAACCAAAUAGACCAGCUUCAGCGGGAACAGCGGUACCUGAAGCGGCAGCUGGAGAAGCUGGGUGCUGAGAGGCCUCGGAUGGACAGCGUGGGCUCUGUGGUGUCCUCAGAGCACUCUGACUCAGACAGGGAAGAGCUGGAUGUGGACGUGGACGGGGAUGUAGACGUUGAGAGCACAGACUACCUCACAGGCGAGCUGGGCUGGAGCAGCAGUGUGAGUGACUCUGAUGAGCGAGGCAGCAUGCAGAGCCUGGGCAGUGACGAGGGCUACUCCAGUGCCAGCGUCAAGAGAGCCAAGCUCCAGGACGGGCACAAGACAGGUCUUGGGCUAUAGGAGAGAGCCCAAGGGUCCUCUCCACCACACCUGGUUAGGUAGUGUACCAGACCUGCCCAGACGCCCUUGCACGCAAACCUCACGUACCACCUUGACCAAAAUCAGCUCUGUCCAUUCUGCAGAAAGCACAUAGGCUGCGGUUCUGAGUGCGGUCAAUAGCUUCUCUGUCCAUCCAUGUCGACGCUGAGAGACCGUACAUUCCAGUCAACCGGAAGCACCCAAGAAUCCUAGCCCUAAGCAAGUGUCACCUCUCAGCAGCCCCCUGUGCGCCGUCCUCCUGCAGCUGGCAAGGUCUUUCUUAGUUUUCCGGCUCAUGAUGGUACUUGCCCAAGAGAGAAGUUCAAGCUUUGUCUGGCACAUAAGAAACCGAAGCAAACAAACUUCUCAAAGGGAACUCAAUUUCAGAAACCCCAAAGGAAGCUUUGAAAGCAAAACUGAAGAGCACUGAGAAGCCAGGAAUACCUCCAGCAAGCCCUGCUGCGGCCCAGCCGCAAUGCCACAGUGUCCCCGCUUAAGAGCGGGGACUUGGCAGCUCAGGAGAGCAGCGUGCCCCCUGCGUGCUGUUCUGGGGGCCUGGCUGUGUGCUGUGUCUCAAGGCACCCCCACGCCCCGAGUUUGUUGAUGCUACUUGUCUCUGGAACAUUGUCCUACCUCAGAGAUAGAUGAGAGCCCAUUGCCCACAUAACAAAAGUGAUUAUGCUUCUUUGUCCCCACGGUCCCACUCCAACCUGUUUUCCUGUUGGACUCCCAGCAAUAACUGAGUUUUGGCACUGGCUGAGCUAGUAGCCACUGUCUCUGAGAGAAAGAGGCCACAUUUAUUCUCUGUGGCAAGUAAACAGGAGGGUUCCCCUGCCACCAAAACCCUCCUGUUGAGUUAUUUUUGAACACAUCUGGAAGCUUCCUUCUGGAGACUUCUGGGUUGAUGGCUUAAAAGGAUGAUUUUUUUUCCCUUGUGGCAUUUUUAUUUAAGCUAAACCAGAGCACAUGUGUAUGUACAUAAGACACACAAAACCUAUAAAUACUAUUUAUUCAUUUUAUAUAAACUAAUGUAAUGGAAUAUAAAUUCUUAUGACUGCUUUUAUAGAUGUUCUAGAAACUUUGUAUGUAGCUGUCUACAAAAUUAGUUUAUUCCCCUGACUAUUUUUGCAUUUGUAUUUUGAGGUCUGGGUGUUUUCAGCCUCUGAUGAAUCUUUUUCAUUGAAUCUGAACCAUUUGUAAAAUCUGCCCUGCUCAGAGCCGAGCCUGUGUCAUGGAGUAGUGGAACAUUCCUGAGAUCCUCAGGUGCCACCUAAAGGCUCCGUGGCCAACUUGGCAGCAGGUGGCUACAGUCACGUAGCUCUCCUCAGAUGCAAACAGACCCUGGCAGAGAGAGCAGUCCUGACCACACAAGGCCACUCCCUGGUCUGUGGAAGUCAUGGGCUCCUUAAUGAUCCCGAAGCCCUGUUUUUGCCUCCCGCCCCCUUGUUGGAGUGUUACCCCAAUACCAGCUGAAAAUUAGCCCAAAAACACAGCUUGGAUCCAUUUGCAUUUGUAAAGCCCCUUCCCCA